AUGCAGAGCCUGGAAGCAGGUGCUGUGGACUUUCCGCCCCCGCUGACAAGAGCCAUGUCGAAGGGACCAGCAGUUGGCAUAGACCUGGGAACCACCUACUCCUGUGUGGGAGUGUUUCAGCACGGCAAAGUGGAGAUCAUUGCCAAUGACCAGGGGAACCGGACCACGCCGAGCUACGUCGCCUUCACAGACACUGAGAGGUUGAUUGGGGAUGCAGCCAAGAAUCAGGUGGCCCUGAACCCCAAUAACACCGUGUUUGAUGCCAAACGACUUAUUGGACGCCGUUUCGAUGACAGCGUUGUCCAGUCAGACAUGAAACACUGGCCGUUCACAGUUAUUGAUGAUGCAUCGCGCCCUAAAGUCAAGGUGGAGUACAAGGGGGAGACCAAAACCUUCUACCCAGAGGAGAUCUCCUCCAUGGUGCUGCUUAAAAUGAAGGAGAUCGCUGAGGCUUACCUCGGCAAGACUGUAGCCAAUGCGGUUGUGACCGUUCCCGCCUACUUCAAUGACUCCCAGCGCCAGGCGACCAAAGAUGCCGGGACUAUUUCUGGACUCAACGUCCUGCGUAUCAUUAACGAGCCCACUGCCGCCGCCAUCGCUUACGGCCUGGACAAAAAGGUGGGAACCGAGCGAAACGUCCUCAUCUUUGACCUCGGCGGCGGCACGUUCGACGUCUCCAUCUUGACCAUCGAAGACGGCAUCUUCGAGGUGAAGUCCACGGCCGGCGACACACACCUGGGCGGCGAGGACUUCGACAACCGCAUGGUCAACCACUUUAUCUCCGAGUUCAAGCGCAAGUACAAGAAAGACAUCAGCGGCAACAAGAGAGCCGUGCGGCGCCUGCGCACGGCCUGCGAGAGGGCCAAGCGCACGCUGUCCUCCAGCACUCAGGCCAGCAUCGAGAUCGACUCCCUGUACGAGGGCGUUGAUUUCUACACCUCCAUCACCAGAGCUCGGUUCGAGGAGCUGAACGCGGACCUGUUCCGAGGAACCCUCGAGCCCGUGGAGAAGGCUCUCCGCGAUGCAAAGAUGGACAAAGCCCAGAUCCAUGACAUCGUGCUGGUGGGAGGCUCCACUCGCAUCCCCAAGAUCCAGAAGCUGCUGCAGGACCUCUUCAACGGGAAGGACCUCAACAAGAGCAUUAACCCCGACGAGGCAGUGGCCUACGGGGCAGGUAGGAGCCGCGUGGUCCCCGAAACGGUCCCUCCGCACCCCGCCCCGCUGACGCCUCCCUCUGAGGCUGAUGCGGCCAUACUCUGUGGGGACAAAUCUGAGAAUGUGCAGGACCUGCUGCUGCUGGACGUCACCCCGCUGUCUCUGGGCAUCGAGACGGCCGGUGGAGUCAUGACGGUGCUCAUCAAGAGGAACACAACUAUCCCAACAAAGCAGACGCAGACCUUCACCACCUACUCAGACAACCAGCCCGGGGUGCUGAUCCAGGUGUUUGAAGGCGAAAGGGCCAUGACCAAAGACAACAACCGUUUGGGGAAGUUUGACCUGACCGGUAUUCCUCCGGCCCCUCGAGGGGUUCCUCAGAUUGAGGUGACCUUUGACAUCGAUGCAAAUGGUAUCAUGAAUGUGUCGGCAGUGGACAAGAGCACCGGGAAAGAGAAGAAGAUCACCAUCACCAACGACAAAGGUCGCUUAAGCAAGGAGGACAUUGAGCGUAUGGUUCAGGAGGCGGAGCAGUACAAAGCGGAGGAUGACGUGCAGAGAGAGAAGGUGUCGGCCAAGAACGCUCUGGAGUCGUAUGCCUUUAACAUGAAGUCCACAGUGGAGGACGACAAGCUGAAGGACAAGAUCAGCGAGGAGGACAAAAAGAAGAUUCUGGACAAGUGUAAUGAAAUCAUUAGCUGGUUGGAUAGAAAUCAGACUGCAGAGAAAGAAGAGUUUGAGCAUCAGCAGAAAGAGCUGGAGAAGGUGUGUAACCCCGUCAUGACCAAGCUGUACCAAAGUGCUGGGGGGCCACCGGGGGGCAUGCCUGGCGGUUUCCCGGGAGCUGGUGGUGCCGCCGGGGCAGGAGGGCCUUCCUCCGGCCCCACCAUUGAGGAGGUCGACUGA